CACGAUCUUCAAAUCCGCACGUCUCUGCACUGCGACUGGGAAUAUUACAACCUCCCGAGGACAGACACAGAGAGAUCUUCUCACCGGUAACGAUGUCGUUCGAGGAGGAGGAGGAGGAGGCCUUCGAGCACACCCUCCUUGUGGUUCGAGAGGUCUUCCUCUACAAGAUCCCGCCGCGGACUACCUCCGGCGGCUACAAAUGCGGCGAGUGGCUCCAGUCCGACAAGAUCUGGUCCGGUCGCCUCCGCGUCGUCUCCUGCAAGGAUCGCUGCGAGAUCCGACUGGAGGAUCCUAGCUCCGGCGAUCUCUUCGCCGCUUGCUUCGUCGAUCCCGGUCGGAGAGAGAACUCCGUCGAGCCCUGUCUCGACUCGUCGAGGUACUUCGUUCUCCGGAUCGAGGACGGGCGUGGGAAGCACGCGUUCAUCGGGCUAGGAUUUACGGAGAGGAACGAGGCGUUUGAUUUCAAUGUCGCGUUGUCGGAUCACGAGAAGUACUUGAGGAGGGAGAAGGAGAAGGAGAUUGGCGAGACGAGUGAGAGCGACGAUCACAUCGAUAUUCAUCCUGCCGUCAAUCACAGGCUGAAGGAAGGAGAAACCAUAAGAAUCAAUGUGAAGCCCAAACCGACAAGUGGAACCGGGAUGCUCUCAGCUGCUCUUUCAGGAAACGGGAAGCCUAAGCCGCUAGCUCUUGCUCCACCACCGGGCAGUGCUGCAAAAAUCAGCUCACCUUUGCCACCGCCUCCAAAUGAUCCCGUGGCUUCGAGAAUGGUAUCUGAUAGCUGUAGGGAAUCAAAAGAUAACACAAGACGUGGAAACGAUCCUCUAUCAGAUUUUUCUCAGCUCAAGAAAAAUCUUCCCGCGACGAUGGGAUCGGGUCAGACCAAGGCCACCGGAGCUGCAUCUGGGUGGGCGGCUUUCUGAUCUCCUCCUGUUUGGGACCGGACUUCAUCUCUCGCCUUCAUCCUUCUUGAGUCAGAACAAGUGACAAGAUCAAGAGCACACUAGCUAACGCAAGAAGGUGAACAACGAAGAGCAAGAGAGUGAGGUAAUGGCAUAUGUUCUGUGGUAAAUUAUGUGUUUUUCUUUGUAACCCGGACACUUCCUGUGUUGUGUGAUCUUUCUUUUGUUUCCCAUUGUUUAAGGGAGAGAGAGAGAGAGAGAGAGAGAGAAUCUUAUAAUCACAUCAAGAAAGAGAAGGUAUUUCGUUUUUAUUA